AUGUCAUGGUUCGCGGACCUUGCCGGGAAGGCGGAGAGCCUCCUUAACAACCUGGAUGAACAGACUGGCGCGGCUCUGCGCCAUCAUAACGUUUCGAGGAAAAGCAAUGUACCAGAAUUUGUUGUCGGUCAUACCACCGAGACUGUUUGGGCGCCAAAGAAACGAAUAAUGACUCGCAAUAAAAAAGCUACACCGAUACCAGCCAGUCGCAAGUCUUCACCAACGUCACAUCAUCAGCCUCGAACAACAAUCAAGGAUAAUGCAGAUUCUUCAAGGAAUGGUUCUAUCAAGUCCAAGAUAUCACCUUCUAGGAAACCUAGUCCUCACCGUCAGUUCAAUCUGGAACAGCAGUGCCCUAGAACAUUAGUUGGAGAUGUGAAAGACAAUGACUUGUACGAAAAUUAUGGUUUGAAACAUAGGAGGUUCAGUUUACCAUCAGACUUGGAACUGUUAAAUGGUGAAGAAUGGACGUACAAGAUGCAAAACAUGGAGGUAGAAAAUGCAAUGCUGAAGAACGAACUGAAUGUAAUGAACCGAGAGGUCGCUGAACUAUUGGACAGGUUGCGGAAGACAGAGGAUGGUAAUGAUGUGCAUAGUAAAGAAGUAACGAAAACUCGCAUAAAACAAGAAACAACUGAUGUAUUAAAUCACCGUUUGAAUUUGGAGAAACAAACAUUGUCGUCACAAGUGGAACUGCUGUCGGUCAAAAUUCAGGAGCAUACUAAUGCAGAAGUAUCAAAGUUUAAAGAAUUGAACCAAAGAUUAGAAACUGACGUUACUGUAUUGAGGAGCCGAAAUAUAGAGUUGGAGGAAAGAUGUAAAAUAUUAUCAGAAGCCGCAAAAGAUAGGGAUGCAGUGCAAACCAAGCUUGAAAAUGAUUUGAGACAUGCACAAUCUACUAUAAGUGAACUACAGGGUAACUUGCAAAAGACUACGGAAGAAUGUAGGAGAUUGGAGAAAGACUGGGAGUCUUAUAAAGUGAGAGUGAAGAAUAUGCUGCAAGCUAAGGAUGCGGAGAUAAAGAAAUUACACGAAGGCUUAAAUUUUAGUGAGGAUACUAAGUCGUUGAUAGCGCAGAUGGAGCAUUUGAAAGAAGAACGCGACGAGCUCCACGACGCGGUGUCAGGCAUUCGCGCGGAGUGUACAGAUAUGAAGCAGUAUUUACAACAGGUGGAAGUUAGGCACGCGGCCGCUGAGCGCGUGGUGGCCGCGCUGAGGGACGCGCUGCGGGAGGAACGCUCGGCCAGGAGCCGGGCUGAGACACAGUGUGUAGCGGUUGCUAAGGAAAUGAAAGCCAUGCAACUGGAGACAGGUCAGACAAUAGCCAGUUUACGAACAGCCUUGCGGGAUAAAGAGCACGAACUAAUCCAUCUCCGCGACACGACCUCCACCGUCCGUAGCACAGACACGAGUGCACUCAACGUCGCAGACUAUGACGUCAUGCAGGACACCAUAGAAAACAACAAGAUAGACUACCUCACUCAAACCCUCGUCCAGAGACAAACGAAAAUCGAUAAUUUAUUGGCCGAAAAUAAUAUGCUUAAGAUACAACUGGAGAAGUUAGAAUCAAAACUAAAAACGGACCAAUCGCUGCAAAGGUUGAACUCUCACAGUGUAGUUCACUUACAAGAUGGUGACGGACGUCGGUCGAGACAGGUUCCUUCUACACUGUCCGCGCUCUCAUUGCGGAUCGGGAUCAUGGUCAAACGAUACCCAGUACUUAGGGCGUUCGUUAUUGGGUAUAUGAUCUGUCUACAUUUGUGGGUCCUCACCGUAUUGUUCACAAGCACACCAGAAGAUUACGUUCCGACCUCAAAAUCUUAA